UUUCACUCUUUCUCACCCUAGCAAACAACGGGACUCUCGCUCUCUAACCCUAACCCUAACCCUAACCCUAACACGACUGCCUUCCUCUCACCACACCAGACGAGGUCACCGCCUCUUGGCCGGGAAAACUCAUGCAAGGACGCGAAGAAGGUUUGAUUGAACUGAACUGAAGCCCUAACCAUGGAAACCCUGGAACCAACAACCCCUUCUCCUUCAUCGAAAGCAGUAAAUAUUGAUUUCAGAAGCCCUGGCUCCACUCCUUCGCCUCUAGCACCAUCAGUAUCAAGGCUGUGGAGGCCAGCCGCCCAGCGAAAUCUGCGAAACCAGUGGUCAAAGCUAUCUUCUUUAAGGAAAGAGUGGAACUCUUCCUCUUCCAAUGGACGAUCUCUUGCCACCUCUCUUGUCAACACUUACCUUAAUGAGAAAUUCAUGCCCUCAAUGGAAUUGGGUGCUCUAAGUGAUAUACCUGAUAUUAGAAAGACAGCUUCAUGGAAACUGUUUAAGCAGUUCGAGCUUUAUUGGAGCAAAUUGUUGACAUCUUAUAAAAAUUUGGUUGCUGUUGUAACUCAGAUGAGCAAAGUUAGUAAAUCCAUGAGAUGCUAUCUCAAAGGGACAGGUAAUGCUUCAUUAGUAGAAUUUUGUAGCUCUUCUGAAGACAUAAAUGAUUCAGGAGAUGGUGGUGGAUUUCCAGUCUUUGUUUUUCGGUCAAUUUCUUGUUUUGAGAAAUUGUCUGAGGAGCUUGUUCAGAUGUUUAUACUUGAAUUGAAUUUGAAGCGUUUUCUUGUUGUGGAAUUGUUAUCUCUCAGUUGUGAAUCUUCAAAUGUCAAAAGGUUGAAUUGGUCAGAUGAGCUCUAUCCAGGAGAAUUUGAUGAUCUGAAAGUUUGUAGCUUGUUUUCUGAGGACACAUCCGGGCCAGUCCAACCGCGAUUGGCGGUCUCACAGUCUGAUGUCUCAAUUUCACGUCGCGAUAAUCGACAGUUGAAUCAUAAUAAUACUAUGGAGGUUUACCUUACAACAUGGCUUGCCGAGGUGAACAUAUGUUCUCGGAGAGUGAAUGGUAUAUUUGCUGAAAUUGGAGAGGAAAUUCGGUUAAACAUUUUGUAAGCUGGUUUGGAUGCUGAAACUGAAAGACCAAAAAUUUGGAGGAAUAAAGAAGAGGUAUUUUUCACACCAGUUUUUGCAGUUUGGUACAUAAGAAAGGGGAGAAUUAGGUAAAGGUUAAAUUGUUGAGUAGGUCCUUGUAAAUUUAUUGACUGAGCUGAAUUUUGACUAUAUUGUAGGUGUGACUUGUGAGUGACUUAGUGAAGUUGGAUAUAUUUUUGUUCAAAAAGACAUGGAAUUUUUCUAUAGAAAAUCAAAGCAAUUAGUAAAUAUGUAUAUAUUUACGUAGAGGCAUAUGUCA